UCAAAAAGGUAAAACUCAACAAUUAACUCUAGGGGAGUAAUAAAACUAGCCUAUUUUCUAAAAAAGUGGAGUGUUUCUUUUAAAAGGAUAUCAGGGGGCAUAAAUAAUGACAGAUUUCAAGGUGAAACAUCCCUUUGAAAGUGUCAGAAAGAUGAAAAAAGUGGGAUUUAUGUGGAGGAUUAUCGAAUACCAAGAAGUGACUAGCCUCCAACUCACUUGCUUUUUAAGUUACCAUGGGAGGGCCAUUGAGGACAGACUUCAUGCUCCUCAUCCGCUUUUCCCUUCAUCCAUGGAUGCGCUUACUCUCUCUUUUUCUCUGCCUCCAUCAUAAUUGUGUGCAUUAGAGAGAGAGAGAGAGAGAGGUGCUCAACUGCUUGUGCACAUGCACACUCUCAUAAAUGCAUAAAUGAAUGAUGCUGCAAGGAGAGAGAGAGCAGAAGGGAAGGAGGGGGCAGGAGUGCAAAGGGAAUCAGCACUAGCAUCAAUGUGAGAGAGAGAGAGAGAGAGAGAGAGAGAGAGAGCGAUAGACCAGACAGGGAGGAGAGGAGAAUAGAGGACAGUCGGCUGCAUCGCUCCUCACAAACAGACGGAGGUGGAGAGAGGAGAGGAUGAGAGACUGUGGGGGAAGGAGAGGACAAAAGACCGCUGUGCCGUUCAUCACGCCUGGACCAGACUGACGUUGAACGAGGGGAGCUGGCAUGACUUUGUGUGCUUUUUUUUAAAGAGGACAGAAGAAACGGAUAAAAGAAAAAGAGCGUUUUUUUUGUCUUUUUAAGGGAGGGGACUGAGCCAGAAAGCAAGUCAGGGAGAAAGAGGAGGAUUGUCUGGCACUGUUUAAAUAUUAAUGUGAUUAUGAUUUGAACAUGGAGGUCAUACGGUUUUACCUCAAGUGUGGCUCUCUUGUGCUUUUUUUUUAAUCCAAGGACUUUGUGGAUUAAAUGCCGCUCUUACUUUCUGCAACAACUACAUCGUGAGGACUAAAAAACCUCUCUAAGGCUUCUUCUAUUCUUUCACAUUAAGCUUUUUUGGACGGCAACUUUCAAACUCUUGUAUUUCUGAUGUACAUAGUGAUGUCUUACUGAAUCAGUGUUGUUACUUAUGCAGACAAAGAAUCAGGUUUUUUAUGCAAAACUUUUCGAUUUCUUGAUUUGUAGUGUAUAAACAGGUGCUUUCAUAGAGAUUUCAUAGAUAUCAGGACAACUUUAUAGAGUUUGCUAGCUCUGCUGUCUGUAGCGUAAGUGUGUGCAAUUUUUGAUUUUCUUAUUGGAUCAGGGCCACAACUGGGCAUGUGUUCUGAUGUGUGUCUGGUUUAUUCCGUGUUCAGAUGUCAAUACUAAUCACCGUUGUGGUAUAUUGGUGGAAGCAGGAGUUAAACUUUCCCGUCUGGGGCCAGUUAUCAGUGCAAAACGCUGACUCUUGGUAGCUCUGAGCUUUCUAGAUUGGACAGGAGAGUGACAACAGGUUUUGUGUUGGCGAAACUUUGGGUUCUCUCAUGACUCUGUCUCGCACGCUUUUUUUUCAGUCUGUUACCAUGGCAACAGUUUCAUUGGCAUGUUAAGUACUCACGCUGUGUCUUUUGCAACUUUAGCGCUAGUGUUUUCCAGCGUCCCAAGUUAUGCUUUAAACCGGACUUUAAGUUUAAUCUCUUCAGUAUUAGCAAAGAGUCGUGCCUUCAGACCUUACGAAGGUUCAAGGUGCUCUCGCUCUGAACCUAUUUGAUCAUUCAGUCGAUCUCUUAAGUUCUCAGUUGCCAUAUCCAACAUUGGCAUUUUGUGAUGUUUAUAAUGAAAUAUUUUGGUGUAGUGAAACUCAGGUUUUACCAUCCGUGCUGGAGCUCGACUGCACUAAUUCAACGUCUGAUUUACCUUUAGAACACUAAGGUUAGCGUACAAUCAUAAAGACACGAAAGCUAGCCUGUUGCCUGCACUUGAUCUUGACAAUAGUGGCUAGUCUCUUGCAUUGUUUCACUUUAGAUUAUCAGGAACUUUUCAAACUAAAGGUGCAGAGAAACCAGUGUUGAUUUGGCAACUUGUUCACUCAUGUUUACUAGAUUCUGCAACAACUCGUCAUAUCAAAACAGGGACUUUGCCAUACACCCAACUAACAGGUGCUACACCUAAGCUAAGUCACCACAGUGUUAAACUGUUUCUAAUUUUAUUUGGAUGCAUUUUUUAUAGUCGGCAUCUUUGGACUUUCUACUUCUCUGUACAGGUUCUCUUAAACACUGUGCUACUUCUGUGCCAUGUUGUGUUGACGUCAGUAAAGUUCAUGACACAAUGAACUUCUUGGUUAUACAGCAGAGACACUUUCGUUCAAGUACACAAUGAAAAAAUGGGCAAAGCGGUUUGGAUACAGUGCAGCAGGUCUGAUUUGAUUUUGUUGUGAUACAAUUUACAAUCUUGCAGUGCAGUUCUGUAACCUAUUGCAGUUUGAAAGUCAGACAGGUUCUCUUUGAGGUGUUCAAUGAGGGGUUCCUUUUUAUGAAUGGUCUAGUAGCACCGCUAGUGUGAUGCUUUUGUGAUGCAAUGCAUUGUACAUAAAUCCUUCUCUUCUUGUCCUGCUCCAGCUGAGGGUUUGUUGAGGGUAGUUGUCUUUGACUGUCAGUCGCAUCUAUUAGAACAACUCGGAAUGUCUUGCAUAUGGUGAUACACACAUGACACAAGAAACUGUCCCUUUUUAGCCUCAUGGGUUAAUUGUGGUAACUCACUGGUGCUAAAGAAAAACAAGUUACUAUCUGAAUAAAGAUGGCUUUUUUUGUGGCUUAUGUAAAAUAUGUUAAAUGAAAACUACUGUAAAUAGAACAACACUGGAAUCAGCUUGGACUUUGCUACAAACUAGUUUGCAUAGCAACAGUGGUAACUCUUAAAGUCUAUAAAUGAUAAUCAUUUGUGAGGUUUAAAGUUACUUUCGCUCAGAACUGUUACAGGUUACAAGACUGUUGCAUAUCUACUAAAGGUUUUAAAGUGUACUGGUGUGGUUAGAUAUGGUGUUUGACUUUGGUAACAUUUAAAGAGUAGGUUUUCACUCAGGAAACGGAUCUACAAAGAGCUGCUCAAUCCAACUCUGUCUGAUUUUGAGGUGUCAUUUAGGCUAAUGAGCAACUGAUUGAUUUUCUAGUUAGAGUCUAAUGAGUAGAUCUCUGGAGGCAGUACUUCAGAUUUGGCCAAUCGGGUCUCAUUAUCGUCAAGUCUGACAGUGCUGGAACGUGCUUGUUAGUUUAUUGAUUUUGUUAAGGAACAUCAUAGUUCCCUUGCAGCUGGAUUGUCACAGUUUAACUUCUUCACAGAUUACACCAAACAAUCAGUGGUUCUCUAAAUGGUGCUCUAACCCAUGUUAUCUUCUAUACAGCCAUAUUUACCUUUGACUUAACUGUUUCAGGGCUUUCUGAGACUAGUUUGACCUUUUCUAAAUCACAUUUCUAUGAACUGUUAUUCGUCAGGUUUAAUUAUUAAAAUAGGAUGUGUAUAUAAUCAAAAUUGUGUUGUUUUCCUGAGUUUGUUAAAUUAAUACGCUAAUUAGAAAAAAACGUAAGAGGCUCAGGUGUUUUUUUAAUAGGCAAAAAGGAGUAACAGGACAGCCUGGAGAACGGGAAAGAAGACGUGGGAGGGGGCGCGGGGGAGCGAGAGAUUAUUUGGAAGAAGAGAGCCAGUGUGCUGGAGAGGGAGAGAGAACUGGAGAGGCAGAAGCUGGAGGAGGAGAGGAGGAACGCUGUGGGAUACACUGUGUGGAGGCUGAGGGAGGGAUUCCAGGAGAGGAAGGAUAGAGAGGAGGAUAAACUUAAAGGGACGAGCACAGAGGGUGCGAAAGCAGCGCAGCCAGAAGUGAUUUGGAAAAGACGUGAGGAAGAGGAGGAGAAGGAAAGGGAUAGAGCUCGGCUUGGCGACAGGGGUCACAAAAUCAUCUGGAGGAGGAGGGACAGAGAGUGACGGGAAAACAUAGAGAUCUGUCAGCACUAAGCACUCGCAGAUAUGUGACAGGAAGUGAGGUGGCAGAUUUAGACUUACAGUAUGAAUAAGCCUGCAUGUACUCUGAUGUCUUGUAUUUUAGGUAGUAGGUUGUGUACAUCAGGGGUCUUCACAUGGUUCUAGACCUCCUUUUGAGAUGUUGCAUGAAAUUAAAUAAGCCUAGUCAGUGAUAGUUGUGUUCAAAUAUUAAUAAACUUUGACAACUAAAACCCAUUUAAAUCAUUAUUAUUAAUAUGCAGAGUCAUAUUUGCAUGUUUCCUUUGUGACUGAAGGAAAAAUUAAAUAUUUAGCUGCACUAUUUUAACCUCAGUAUGCAUAGCAACAAAUGGUUUGUUUCAUGAGAUGGCAACACAAGCCGUCAUGGACCCCCAUUGAAGAUCCCUGCUGUAUAUCUUUUUAACACCUGAACUAAAUUAAAUCUCUAAAAUUAUGUUGAUCUGCGCUGGUCAAGUCAUCAUUGAACGAAUCAUCAUUAAAUGAUGCUCAUUCUCUGGAUCAGUACUUUAGCAUUUUCCAUCCAUCUAUUCCCGCUCUCUUCCUCUCUCACUCUAUCGAUCCGUCUGUCUGACGGAAGCCUUUUCUCUCAAAGUCUCAGCUGCAGCUAAUAGGCUUUUUAUGGGACUCUGUCAGACAAGAGAUAGUAGAUUGGAGCCCUACACAUGCAAAGACAAAUGAACACACACAUAAACACACUCGCAUGCAUACCAAACACAACAGUACUCUUCUUCACACAUCUACCUAGAUGGAUUGCGUCUAGAGCACUUAUGUAUAAAUAUACCAAUAACUUCAAGACAAUCGUACUAUAUUUAGUGAUUCGUAGUGUCUGAGAAGCUCUAUGCAGACUUAAGAUCUGAUGCAAAACCUUCUACAGGCUGUGUAUGACAACAGCAGAAAACUUGAUUACUUUUUUGCAUCUGUCCUUUUGUCUCUUUUUACAUCCUGUUUUUGAUACUUUCCGGACUGAACAGUCAGCACACUGUCGUCUGUCUGGCGUGAUGAUGAAGGAAUCGGUAGAUGCAGAGAAAAAGAGGACUAUAAAAGACAAGGAAAGACAAGUUAUCGAUUGCGACAGAGCGACGUGGAGAGACAUUUAAGGACGUUUAGUGGACUCUGAGACGUCUUAGACAUCAUGGAGCUUGUCCCCAAAACUAAGUACACACCCUUUAGGAGUGACUCCUUCAGCUCAACAGACGAGACGGCGUCCAAUCCUUCCCUUCCUUCUUCAGCUCCUCUCACCCCUCUCACCCCUCCUGGCAUCCCUCCUUCUCUCUCCUCCUCCUCCCUCACCCCUAUUCUGCCACCUUCUUCUCCACGGCAGGCUGAGAAUAGCCCCACCACCUUAUGCUCCUUCUUCCCCAGGAUGGGAGCCCUGAGGCUGGGUGUGUCUUCCACUCUGCUCCCAGGCUUAAAGGCCUCCAGCAGGCCAGCAAAUGUGCCUGGUAGCCAGGGAGGUUUGGGAGAGUCCUCGGAAGACACAGGGACCGUCAACUCUUCUCCUCCUCGUCUUCUUCCUCUUCUUUCUCUAACAGCCCCAUCUCCUCCUCCUCGUCCCCCACAGGAUAUGAACCGGCUGGGCGGGGCCUCACGGAGGGCCCGUGUGGAAGGGGGCCAGCUCGGCGGAGAUGAGUGGACACGGCAUGGCUCCUUUGUCAACAAGCCUACCCGAGGCUGGCUGCACUCGGACAUUGUGGUCAGCACCAGCGGAGUCUCCUACACUGUCAGGUAUAUGGGCUGCGUGGAGGUGCUGCAGUCAAUGAGAGCACUGGACUUCAACACCAGAACUCAGGUUACCAGGGAGGCGAUAUCAGUGGUGUGUGAGGCGGUACCAGGUGCCAAAGGAGCUCAGCGAAGGAGAAAGCCCUCCUCUCGCUGUCUGUCCUCCAUCUUAGGGAAGAGUAAUCUCCAGUUUGCUGGAAUGACAAUCACCCUCACCGUGUCGACCAGCAGUCUGAACCUAAUGGCCAUCGACUGCAAACAGAUUAUCGCCAACCAUCACAUGCAGUCCAUCUCUUUUGCAUCAGGAGGAGAUCCAGACACAGCGGAGUAUGUUGCAUACGUCGCCAAAGACCCCGUCAAUCAGCGAGCGUGUCAUAUCCUGGAGUGCUCUGAAGGCUUGGCUCAGGAGGUCAUCAGCACCAUAGGUCAGGCUUUCGAGCUCCGCUUUAAACAAUACCUAAAAAACCCACCCAAAGUGGUCACCCCCCAUGACCGCAUGGCUCCGUUUGAUGGGUCAGCGUGGGAGGAAGAGGAAGAAGAUCUGGCUCCUCCGCCAGAGGUGCCAUAUUACAACAACUUCCCCGGCAAACAGCCUCCUCCUGGUGGUUUAGUGGACAUGAGGACCCGUCCCGGACACAGUACAGGACCCACGCUGCCCUAUGGACAGCCGAGCCAGAACGACAUUCACAAGCAGCCUCUUCCUCCACUACCAGUGGGUGUUAAGGAUGGAGGCUUGUUUGACGACCCCUCAUACGUUAAUGUGGAUAAACCCCGCCUCCCAGCAUCAGCAGCAGCCAAUGGAAAUGCUCAUAGAGACGCGUUUGACAUGAAACCGUUUGAUGCAGCGCUCGUUGUGUCGGGUGCAGUGGCACUUCCUCUGGCAGAGCAGCUGCAGAACGAGCCCUGGUUUCACGGGCCUCUGAGCCGCAGGCAGGCCGAAAGACUCCUGACCAAGGAUGGAGACUUCCUGGUGCGGGAGUCAGGCACCACACCAGGCCAGUACGUCCUCACGGGACAGCAGGGCGGACAACCAAAACACCUGCUUCUGGUGGAUCCAGAGGGAGUGGUGCGCACCAAAGACCACCGCUUUGAGAGCGUCAGUCACUUGAUCAGCUACCACAUGGACAACCGGCUGCCAAUCAUCUCUGCAGGAAGUGAGGUGUGUCUGCAGCAACCGGUCGAUCGCAAAGCUUGAGAAACGCUUUAGAGAGAAAUAGAAACUCUCCUUCAUACCUUUUUUAUUUUUGCCUGACUCUAUCAGAGAAACAGUUUUUGUUCCAACUGGGAGUGUAAGCUAAUCCCAUCGUCCCAGAAACACUUGAGUUUUCUGCUGCAUCAACCACCGGCCGUGAAAUUACAAAGCGAUGUAAUCAUUCUAUUCAAAGUCUAAAGCAAACGUCGCUUGAGGAAAGCGAUUGCAAAAAGCCAAACGAAUAGGCUUCAAGAAGAGGAGCAGAUGCGUAAUGGAUGUGACAUCACUUCCUUCCCAGUAACCAUGGCAACCAGCCAGGGCAUUCUUGUCAAGAGCUGAUGUGAAUGUAGUAAAAUUGCAGACCCUUUGUAGCACUGGAAAGAUUCACAUGCAGUGCGGUGGGCCAAAUCCAAAGACACGUUAGCGAUUAGUUUUUAAAUCCUGUCGUCGCUGUGGUUUCAAGACUGUUGAUGAAUAUGCAAAACUUUAAAGACAACACAGCUCAUUCUCCAUCAACUGAACCACAUCUGUUGUCAUUUCCAUUGGAAGAUCCCUUUUCCCAGUGUUCCUAUUGAAGAAUAACACUCAGAAUGCCACUCAUUCUCACUCACACCACAUGCCGAACACGAUCCCGUGGAGAAAUUGGGAAUUUUGGCCAUUCGGGAAGACCCCUGAUCAUAUGUGAAAGCUUUAGCAGCUCGGAUGCUGUCUGGAUUUUUUGUUGCCUUAUGCAAUUGAGCAGAUGCUGUGAGGGACAUAUGCUGCCCGUAUUAGGUGUGAUAAACUGGUCUGUGGGAAAGGGGAACAUGUUCGCUUUCCACACAACAUCAAUCUGGGACAAAAGGGAUGAGAGAAAAUAAUAUCUAAAUGAAGUGCAAUCUGCAUAGAUGGGCUGGUAAGCUUGAAUGGGACUGUGGUUUGAGAUCAAAGCCUUCUUAUGAUGUCAUUUUAGUCAAGAAUUUAUAUAUUUGUUGCAAUGAUGUCAUCUCGUUCUGACAUCAGGAUGGUUUUAUUCUGCGAACAGGCUCUGUUUGUCUUCGUUUCCUCCUUUUGGUGUUUCUUCUGUUCGCAUUGACAAUCGAUCUUCAUGUGUGUGUAUGCAUAUAUGCAUUCGGAGUCUCAAGUUACGAAACAUGCAUUAUUUUGUCGAAAAUUUACUUGAAUGCAUUUAAUUGACGUGUAUUACAAGCAGACACACCGUCCAGGCCGAGGUUAACACUCCAAAUAAGUUCCGAACAUGUCUUUGCAGCCACAGACUGGAAAGCAACUCUCUUUAUCUUCAUUUGCUCUGAUAUUGAUUGUGCCUUUUUCACCAAACACAGACAAACCAAUCAAACACAGCCGCCUUUUGUGAUUCGUUGGGUAAUCGUGACCCUUUCUUUUCUGAAAAAAAAAAUCAACUGCAAAAAUGACACAUUGCUUUAUUGAGACUUACUACAGGUUUUCGGAAAGCAUGCUUAAUUUCUUCUGCAGGCUAAUUGUGCUAUGCUGUGCUUCGAUCUCUUGGUCAGUAUCAUGUUAUGUUGCUUAAGCUUACGUUGGUGAAUAAACAUCUUAUUUCAUCUCUCAUUUGGAGACUGACAUGGCCUGUAAGAGAAGGUGUAAAUAAUACUACGCGAUUAAUGUCAUUCACUGUGUUGAAUCAGUCUGUAAAACUCACAGGAUUGUACUGGGUGAAAAAAACAAAGGUGUAAGAUUUGACAAUGCAGUCACAUCGUGUUUAUAACACAAAUCUAUGUAAAUGAUAAGAAUUUGCUUCGUCAGAUGUACAAAGACCUUUAUCUGGAUGCUUUAUCAAUCUGAAAUGGGCAAUUGUUCUGUUCUUAGUUGUUUUUCAUGGAUGUAAUUUGUGAAUUUUGAGUCAUUGGUCAGCAUUCAUUCAGCAUGACAAUUUCAGGCAGAUUCCAGCUGCGGCUGUGUGUGACAGGUUUCAGCCUGGUGUAAUUCAAAGAUACGCAUUGAAUGGGUUUUUUAAGCAUUUGACGUCACACUUUUUAUGUGCUGAUGGCACCACAGAUCUGUUCACUAACUGCUAAUGGAGUUUAAACAGUGUAUGUGUGUGUUGGCUGGAAUGGUCUGGAAUAAUCUGGCUUUUACAUUUGACUCGCCACUGAACUGUUUGCUCAUUUUCAUAUUUCACAGCGGCCUUUUGUUGCAUGGAAACACUUCCUGUUAUUGUGGUCAUGACGGUGACUUUUGUGUUGUGGUUAGCUGUUUGCUAUUUUCUAAGCCAAAUGCGUUUAUUUCUUGUUUGCCUAUAUAAAUGUUGCUUCUUUUUUAAAUACAUGUUUUUGGGUAUUUCAGUAAUUCUUUUUAUGUUGAUGUUAUUUGGAAAAACAUAAACGUUUACACCUGUAUCAAAUGAUAGAUUACAUAUAUAAAUACAUAUAUCAUUCACC